ACAAUCAUGCACCCAGUUAUGCUUCACAUUUCUCUCUUCUUCCUUCAUUGAUUCCUCUCUGAGCUUUUGUUUGCUGCUGCUUCUUCUUCUUAUUUUUCUUAUUCUUCACCAUGUCGUCUGUUUGACUGUUUCUGUUGUGGAGAAGCUGGACGUGUGGUUUUAUAUGUAGUAUACCUGCCUUACAGAACCUUGAGAAAAAUGACUGGCAAGACAAUUAAGAUUUACGGAGUGCCUACCAAUGUCACCGCAACUGAGGUAAAGGAGUUUUUGGAGAGGUAUGUGGAGGAGGGGUCAGUGGUUGCAGUUAAGCUCAGACUCCCAGAAGUUGACGAUAGAAGUUCGAAAGCUUUUGCAGUUGUUCAGUUCUCGGCCAGCGAGCAUGCUGAAGAGAUCUCAUUGCUCGCUCAGCAGCGUCUUCUGAUACAAAGUUCUUUUACUCUGAUUACUAGAAGUGCAAAACAUGAUAUUGUGCAGAAGCUGAAAAUACCUCUCUUCACUUUAAAGAUUCCCAUGUUGCAUUUGGGUUGCCCAAUUUCAUCCGAAGAAUUCUCUGUUCUAUGGAGUUUCGAUAGUGUCAGGGUUGACUUUGGUGUUAAUUUAAAGAAAAUAUAUUUCUUUAUAUCAUCAGAGAGUCAGUCAUAUAAACUCGAACUUUCUCAUAAAAGCAUUUGGGAAAUCAAGCUGCUCCGCUGCCACAAAGACAAGAACUUUGACAAAGAGAGGAAGUUUCUCCUGAUUCAGGUAAAAUCGGCACCUCGAAUUUAUGAAGGUCCUGAACAAAAUUCAGGUAGUUUAUAUGAAGACCCUCGUCUUAAUUAUUUCAAGGAUCUUCCAGAUCAUCAGUGGAUCAGAACAACAGAUUUCACUCCUUUUUGUAGUAUUGGGCAAUCUUCUGCAUUCUGUUUGCAGUUACCCAAUGGUUGCACUCUUCCAAAUAUUGGAGAACACUUUGUUUGCUACAAAGAAGUGGAUGGUCCUCUCCACUUGCCGAGAGGUUCAUCAUUCUCUCGUAGCUUGGAUUUGGUUCCAAUUGUAGAACCUUCUCCAGGGAUUGAGUUGCCUUACAAAAUUCUUUUUAAGAUUAAUCACAUGAUACAAAAAGGCACACUCAUGGGACCAGCACUUGACGAUGAGUUCUACCGAUUAGUUUCUCCCUGUUUUAAGCCCAUAGAUCAUAUAGAACGAGCAUUAGAAGAUAUGUCUUACUUGAAGAGCUCCUGCCUUAAUCCUGCAAAUUGGCUAUAUGAGAAGUAUCAGGAAUUUCAAACAUCAAAGUGCGAUAUGAAAUCAUCUAUGAUUUCUUUAAAUUCUGGUUUGGUAUAUGUUCAUCGGGUUCAAGUGACUCCCAGUAAAGUUUACUUCUAUGGGCCAGAGAUUAAUGUUUCGAAUCGUGUGAUACGACAUUUCUCAGAAGACAGCGAUAAUUUUAUGCGUAUUUCUUUCGUUGAUGAGGAUUGUGAAAAAAUGCGCUCCACUGAUUUAUCACCUAGCUCAGACAAUGAAAAGCGGACGGCUAUCUACAAGAGAAUACUUUCAACAAUGAGGAAUGGCAUAAGUAUCGGUGAUAAGAAGUUUGAAUUUCUUGCUUACUCAUCGAGUCAGUUAAGAGAAAAUUCUGCAUGGAUGUUUGCUUCAAGGCCUGGACUAGCAGCUGCUGAUGUCAGAGAAUGGUUGGGUGAUUUUCGCAAAAUAAGAAAUGUAGCCAAGUAUGCAGCAAGGCUAGGCCAAUCUUUCAGCUCCUCUACUGAAACUUUAACUGUUUACAGGGAUGAGGUCAAAGUUAUUCAUGACGUAGAAAACUCAGCAGGCUAUGUGUUCUCAGAUGGAAUCGGUAAAAUCUCACCUGAAUUUGCCAGAGCAGUGGCUAAAAAAUGCCGCAUAAGAACUUCAACACCUUCAGCAUUUCAGAUCAGAUAUGGUGGCUAUAAGGGUGUUGUUGCUGUUGACCCAACAUCAUCGAUGAUGAAGCUAUCCCUGAGGAAAAGCAUGUCGAAAUAUGAAUCAGGGAACAACAAACUUGAUGUUCUGGCUUAUAGCAAGUACCAACCUUGUUAUCUUAAUCGUCAAUUGAUUACUCUUCUGUCAACGCUUGGAGUUCCUGAUGCUGUGUUUGAAAGGAAGCAAAGAGAAAUUGUUGAACAAUUGGAUAAGAUGCUGGUAGAUCCAACGAAUGCUCAAGAAGCGAUUGAGAUAAUGGCUCCAGGAGAAACAACCAGUAUACUCAAAGAAAUGUUGUUGUGUGGUUAUAAGCCUGGCAAAAGGUCAUUUCUUCCAAUGCUGCUGGAAGCAUUUAGAGCAACUAGGCUGCUGGAACUGAGAACUAAAUCGAGGAUAUUUAUUCCAAAAGGAAGGUCUUUGAUGGGAUGCUUGGAUGAAACACGAAUUUUGGACUAUGGUGAGGUGUUUGUACAAGUUUCUCACACCGGAGACAAACAUAUUUAUGAUGAUGGUCUCUCUAAAUUCAGCGGAGGUCAACUCGACAACCGUACUGUUGUUGAAGGAAGAGUAAUUAUUGCUAAGAAUCCUUGCCUCCAUCCUGGUGAUAUCCGUGUUUUGCAGGCUGUUGAUGUUCCAAAUUUGCACCAUAUGGUUGAUUGUGUUGUUUUUCCUCAAAAAGGAAAGAGACCACAUCCGAACGAGUGUUCAGGGAGUGACUUAGACGGAGACAUAUAUUUUGUGAGUUGGGAUCCGUCACUAAUUCCACCUUCUCAGGAUGAACCUAUGGACUACUACCCGGCAAAACCUGUGAUCCUCGAUCAUGAUGUUACAAUUGAGGAAGUCCAGGAUUAUUUUGUGAAUUAUAUGUUGAAUGACAGCUUAGGAAUCAUUUCGAAUGCCCACACAGUCUUUGCUGAUAAAAAGCCAUUGAAAGCUCGAAGUGAAGAAUGCCUACAACUUGCAAGAUUAUUCUCUAUCGCUGUCGACUUCCCCAAGACAGGUGUACCUGCUGUAAUCCCACCAAAGCUCUAUGUAAAAGAAUAUCCAGAUUUCAUGGAGAAACAAGAUAAAGUUACAUAUAUAUCCAAGGGAGUGAUCGGAAAGCUCUUCAGAGAGAUUAAAGACCGCACUCCCAAUCCAAGCCAGAUAGAGGCAUUCACUAGAGAAGCGGUGGUACAAUCUUAUGAAGCUUCCCUUUUCAAGGAUGAGUAUGAUAUCAAGUUAAGGAAUCUCAUGGAUCACUAUGAUAUUAAAUCUAAAGCUCAGAUUCUAAGUGGAAGUGUAAUGAAGGCAUCAAAAUCUUCCAAUCGGUUCAAAGAUAAUGAAGCCAUAAAGAUAGCUGUGAGACAUUUGAGGAGGGAAGCAAGAGGAUGGUUUAAUGAGAAGUGCAAUGAUGGUGUGCAUCUAUGACAAACUGAUUAUGGUCAAGCUGAAGAACAUGAGAAUGAAAAAGCUGCUGAAUUGCAGCGGUGCCCAAUGAAGACCAGAUUGAAUUUGCAUUGAUCGGUGUUGAUAUUCAGUUUAUGCAAAUGCUAUUACCAAUGUAUAAAGGAGAGCAGUUAUAUAUGGUCUGUGCUGCUUGUUAAUAUUUGACACGAUUUCAAUUAGAUGUAUUAAUACGAACCAAAAUGCAGAGAAUGAUGGCCUUUUCUGUGUGCG